AUGGCCCCACAACAGAAAUACAAUAAGCUUGCCGGCAAGCACGUUCUGAUAAUUGGAGGAACUUCUGGGAUUGGCUUUGCCGUUGCGGAAGCGUCCAUCGAAUCCGGCGCCUCAGUCACAAUCUCCUCCUCCAACAGCGACCGCGUCAAUUCUGGCGUUGAAAAGCUCAAGAAUUCUUACCACUCGGCCCAGGUAUCAGGGUACACCUGUGAUCUCUCCAGGACAACCGUCGAGCAAGACAUCGAAGCCUUGUUCAAGCAAGUCGGCAAGCUUGACCAUAUUGUCUUCACCGCCGGAGAUGCACUCGCCUCAAUGUCGGUCCAAGACAUCACCUACGAAGCCAUUACCAGAGCGGGACAGAUCCGAUUCAUUGCCCCAUUACUGGUAGCUAAGGUUGGAUCGAAGUAUUUGAAUCCAGGUCCAGCUUCGUCGAUUGUGCUGACGACGGGAGGGGUCGCUGAAACGCCAAUCUCUAAUUGGAGUGUCAUUGCUGGGUUUGCUGCUGGGCUGCAUGGGAUGACGAGAAAUUUGGCAUUGGAUCUGAGGCCAAUUCGAGUCAAUUGUGUCAGUCCUGGUCCUGUUGAUACCGAGCUCUGGAAGGGUAUGUCCGAGGAGCAGAGGAAGAAGAUGUUCGAGAACAUCGCGUCGGAGGUGCUCACGGGGAAAGUUGGAAAGCCCGAAGAAGUAGCAGAAGCGUAUCUGUGGUUAAUGAAGGACAGCAACGUCACCGGAUUUGUUGCUUCGAGUGACUCGGGAAACAAGCUUGUAUGA